AUUUGAUGUGACUUAUUGUAAUAAAAAAAUAUUUGAUUUUUUAAAUCAUUUAAAAAAUAUGAAAAAUGAUUUUGAACGCAUUUGGUUGAAAUCGGAACAGUAUCAUACAGAUUUACCGUUAAGAUCAAAAAGGCAAAGGGUGACUCAAGUAUCAGUUGUAGAUAGAAAAACAAAUUACCGAAGACUCUAUUUUGAAAUCAUUGACGUAUUAAUUUCAAAAACUAAUGAGAGAUUUGCAGAGAUAACUCAACUGACUUUUUUUUUCUUUAUUAGAUUUUUUAAAAUUUGAACAGUAUGUCAAUAAAUUUCCUACAAAUUCAAUGGACUCGUUGAAAGAUAAAUAUGGUGAACAUUUUGAUUUUGCAAUUUUACGAAGUGAACUUUCUAUUAUAUACUCAUCUACUGAAUUUCAUAAAGCAAACAUUCAUGAACUUUGGAUGUAUCUCAAAUCUACUGACUUAUCAGAUAGCUUACCACAAGUUACAAAAUUAGCAUCAUUGAUUGUAACCAUUCCAGCAACAAGUGCAGGCGCUGAACGCUCAUUUUCCUGUUUGAAAAGAAUAAAGACGCAUCUCAGAAACUCCCAGUCCCAAAAUAGACUUUCAGAUCUGUCGCUUUUAACAAUUGAGAAACGAUUGUUGACUACACUUCAAAAUCAAAAUUCAUUUUAUGAUGAUGUAAUUGACGAGUUCACAAAAAAAACAAGAAGAAUCGAUUUGACAUAUAAAUAAAUGUUAUUAU